UAAACGAACUGGUUGUGAAACGAAUUAAUAUAUCCAAAAAAUUAAUAUCAGUAUAAAAGUUGAAUUGAUCACUCCUAUACUCUGCGCCUACUCUUCAUUUAAACAAUUCAAAAUGUGCCGAUUUUCCGUUUCAGCUUAUUUAAUCGCUGUGCUCCUAAGCUUUUCAAAAUCAAAGGGUAAUCCGCUCGACAGCGACGGUAAAUUAAUCACCACCAAAGGCAACCCUCUUGACAAUCUUGAGAUGCCUGCAGCAUGCAAAGACCAGACUUUCUGUUUCGAAAAGGGUGAUAACUAUCCUGAAGAGAAGAUCGAAAAAUUCUUACAAACGUUCCCUUUACAGAAAGAUCUGGGUUCAAGGAUAGGCUUUAGUUUCCGAGAUGGAGAUAAAGAGAAUGGUAAUGCGGAUUGUCCAGCAAACACCACAUAUGUUGAUCAACCUAUUUACUACAUUUUCGAUGAAUCGGGAAUAGUCAGACCAGUGAUUCAGUCUCCCAACAGGUUUGAGCAACUCUACAGUACCAGAUGGUGUCUGAAUGAAGGAUAUAUAACUCAGAAUACGCGCCAUUUCUACCCUGAAUCAAAAAGAUUGAAAAAAUUCCAAGUUGAAUGUGUCACAACGCGUUUGGAUUUGGAUUUCAUAGUGUUGGUAGAAGAAUUUGAUGAACUAACGUACAAAGUUGUGAAGACUAUUGAUGGUAUUCCAGUUUGCUGCAAAUGUCAAUACCAUACGAAGAAAAUUCUGCAAUAACCAUUUAAGUUGUUUACUAAUUUAAACAACAUGUUCGACACUAGAUACCAGAUGCCUAUCGUGUAAAUUAUAUGCUAGUUUAAUUGUAUUCAAUAAAUAAUAAUAAGUUAAUUAUUAUACAAAUCGUAAGUUAUAAAUAUAAA